UUAUUUGUUAUAGCAGAAAUAAAAGCCCUUGAGUGGAGGGAAGGAUAGAGACACAGGCUUUUGAACACUCAUCCAAGUUCUUCCAAACCUAAUCAGUCAAAUUCUUCACGCACACUCAGUUAGGGUUUUUUUUCUCAUUCAAAUUCUUCUCCCAGUUGGGGUUUCUUUCUCGGAAGAUGGCUCGUAACGAGGAGAAGGCCCAGUCGAUGCUCAACCGCUUCAUCACCAUGAAGGCGGAGGAGAAGAAGAAGCCGAAGGAGCGCCGCCCCUUCCUCGCCUCAGAGUGCCGCGACCUCUCGGAGGCCGACAAGUGGCGGCAGCAGAUCAUGCGGGAGAUCGGCCGGAAAGUUGCCGAGAUCCAGAACGAGGGUCUCGGCGAACACCGCCUCCGCGAUCUCAACGACGAGAUCAACAAGCUCAUCCGCGAAAAAUCCCACUGGGAACGCCGCAUUGUGGAGCUCGGCGGGCCGAAUUACUCGAAGCACUCCGCGAAGAUGACGGACCUCGAUGGAAACAUCGUCGACGUCCCGAACCCGGGUGGCCGUGGCCCGGGAUACCGCUACUUCGGGGCUGCCAAGAAGCUCCCCGGCGUCAAGGAGCUCUUCGAAAAACCCCCCGAGCUUCGAAGGCGGCGUACUCGAUAUGACAUUUAUAAGAGAAUUGAUGCGAGUUAUUAUGGUUACCGUGAUGAGGAGGACGGUGUGUUGGCGCGGCUGGAGGGGCCGGCGGAGGAGGCGAUGAGGCGGGAGGCGGCGGAGGAGUGGAGGAGGUUGGAUGAGGUGAGGAGGGAGGCGAGGAAAGGGGUGGUGAGCGGGGAGGUGGCAGAGGUGACCGCGGUGGCGAGGGAGGUGCUGAAGGAGGAUGAGGAGGAGGUGGUGGAGGAGGAGAGGGCGAGGGAGAGAGAGGAGGAGAGGGAGAGGAGGGAGUUUGUGGUGCACGUGCCGCUGCCGGAUGAGAAGGAGAUUGAGAGGAGGGUGCUGGAGAAGAAGAAGAAGGAUCUGUUGAGUAGGUACGCGAGUGAGGGGCUCGUGGAGGAGCAGACUGAGGCCAAGGACAUGCUCAACAUUCAGCGUUAGAGUGGCUUACUAGCAUGAGGCAAUGGGCAAUCAAUGGCUUACUUGCAUCGAGUAAUAAUAAUUGAUUACGACUCAAUGCAAAUAUAUCUGCUUUUGGGAUUCCUAAGCUACUGGUGCUUGAAAAAGUCAUAUUACAACUCAAGUAAUGGGCACUUUUGGCAUAGACCCUGUGUACAAAUUUAAGACUUGAAACGUUUUAUGAUUCAAAGGUGAUUUUUUUCAAUGUUAUUCUUCAUAUAGUAAGGAAUUGUGAUUAAUGCUCUUUCA